AAGGCAAUCACAGCGCAGGACAAAAAAGUUUAGAGCACCGAUAUGUAGACGAGGACACGGCGCACUUUUCCUCCUGAGUUUUUUGUUCCGGCUGCUUGAGUCUUAUUAUCUGUGUAUAAAAAGUGAGAGAGGCGGCUGCACGGAGGGCAACACAAGGAGACGACGGAGGCGCUUCAGCCAGGAAAGAAGUGCCGUGAGAAAGAUACCGUCUCCCUCUUUUCACACAGACAUACACUCACUAGCAGCACAGCCGCGCCCGGAUCACAUCCUCCAGCACAGCACUCCGCGCUCUCCCUGCUCCCCUGCUAUAGCAUGGCCAGUUCGAGCAAAUCCACUUUAAUCUUGCUCAUCUACGGAAUCUUAAUGCACUACAGCGUCUUCUGCACACCUCUCGGACUAAGUUACCCUAAGAUUAGACUUGAAAACGACGCCUUCGAUGAAGAUGGGAACUCAUUAUCCGACAUGGGGUUUGAUAGCGAUCAGAUUGCUAUACGAAGCCCUCCAUCCUUAAACGACGACGCGUACACCCUCUACUACCCGCCUGAAAAGAGAGCAGAAAGGCAUGCUGAGGAAGAAUUAGAUAGAGCCUUGAGGGAGAUCCUGGGUCAGUUAACAGCGAGACAUUAUCUGCAUUCUCUGAUGACAAUUCGUGCAGGUGAAGACACCAGUAUGGAGGAAGAGUCAGAGCCCCUAUCCAAAAGACAUUCAGAUGGGAUCUUCACCGACAGCUACAGCCGCUAUAGAAAGCAGAAGGCGGCGCAGAAAUACCUGGCAGCGGUGCUGGGAAGAAGGUACAGACAGAGAGUUAGGAACAAAGGACGCCGGCUCACCUAUUUGUAGCGUCGUCAAAGCGCCCAAACUGCCCUCCUGUGUAAAUACAUCCAGUCGUUAAAUCAAAGUCAUUCAGAUAUAUCUGACCAACCAGUGGAUUGCGCCUGUGUUCUUUCAACAUGUAUUUAUGUAUGAAGUAAAGCCAUUAAAAUGAAUAUUUUAAUAAUAAUAUCGUUUUUUUUUCUUUUUGUACAAAAGCACUUGAUACCACACAGUUAUACUUUGUGGACCAAUAUUUUAUUUUCAUGUUAGGAUGUUGAAAUCAAAAACAAACAAAAAAAAAAAGGAAAAGAAAUAAAUCAGAAAAAGAUAGUUGUGCACCUUCAACGUUAUGCGCUUGAAAUCUUUAAAAAGUCAUCUACAUAUGCAGAAAAUAAAUUUUAAAAAGACAAUCAAAGUAUUGAAUGUUAUACUUAUUUUUGUAACCAACGUUCUAUUUUUUUAGUGUUGUUUGUUUUCACAAAAAAAGAAGAGAAAAAACAGGCCCAAAGAAGCAGUGAGCAUGCUCUGUGAGGCAUAUCCAGCUUAUCCCUAAAUGAUAGAUGCUUUGCCCUUGUCCACCCUCCUUCUCCUCCUCCUCCUGGCUCCCUUUAAUGGGAGCUCUGUGGGUUUGUAGAGCUUGCUGCCCCCUCCAGGGGAAUCCGGAUGGCUUUUGUUGCACAGCCUCUUAUUUGACGGAUAACUGAUUGACUUGCACAGUGAUUGGUGUAACUGGUGUUUAAAAAGAAAAUCCAGUUCUCUUUUUAAACACAAAUUAAUCACAGGCUUUUUCCAAGGGCGUCACAUUGCCUUUACAAAACAGAGAGGAAGCACUCAAGUUGCUGUUAGGAGUAUGCGGCGAACACUGCUUGCUCACUUGCCUCAAAGUCAUUUUACUGCAGGAGAUUAAUCAUACUCGUGUAAAGAAUGUUCCAUAUGUGUGUGUGUGUGUGUGUGUGUGUAUGUACAGUUAAGAAAUUACACAGUGCACAUCUCAAUGUUGUCAGACAACAGGAUUAUUAUAUGGAAGAAUGUGCUCCAACUGUUGAUUGUGUUUGGGAGGCUUUACAGAAACUCAGAAAAGACCCAGACCAUGUAAGAUGCGGGAAACAAAACAUUUUAUUGUGAAGAGGUGAAGAGGAAAGGUAGCAUCAGAGUUAGGAUUAGUAUGUCAUAUUUAUCGGUGCAUGCGGAGACUGACAUCUGGACCAAUUUUUUGCUCAGAAACUGCAUGCCAUCGUGCUUUCUUUUGGAUUGUGCUACUUGGGAGGUAGGCUGCGCCAGGCCUAUUUCAACACCACUCCCCUCCUCCUCAGAUGUGUUGGGAAUGUGAAAAAGGAGGGCUAGAGGUGGUGGAAACUGGUACUGCACUGACUUGUUGAUUUUUUUUUUUCUUUCUACCUCUCCUGCUGCUGUCAUGUGGAUGUAAUAAGACGAGACACUGGACCCCCCUUUUUUUUGCCUUUGUCCUGGUGUUUUUCCUUUCUUUUACGAGAUGUUUUCUUCUAGACUACUGUGCUAAAUUGUUGAUUUUAGUGCUGUGGUUCUUUGUACCAACAAAGCUGAUAUGUGUUAGGUGUAUACUGAGGUGUGUGCAGCGAGGAUGUGACAAAGAGAUGAGACGAUUGUCAGGUGAUAGAGUGAGGAAGCGAAGAAGUAUUAGAGUGCGUGUGUGUAAGACAAAAAGCUGUUACAUAAGAGGAAGGUCUGAGAGAGGUGCAAUACAGGGACAAACAGAGUGGGAUCAGGGUCAAUGAGUCUGAUAGGGCAUAUCAGAUGUUGAAUUCCCUUCCUUUUGUUUUGUCAGAAAGACAUUAAGUGUACACGUGAAGCUUGACGAGGCCACAUAGAUCACAGAGCCCAACCACCUCAGAUUAAAAGGGAGGUGAAUUAAAGCCAGUGUAGUCUAAGGUAUUUAUUCAAUAUUAUGCAAAUGCAGCUUUAAACACCCCUGCAAUCCAAUCUGUGGCCUGCGUUCCCACGUAGAAACUAUCAAUACACUCUUCAAUUUGGCUUUCAGGCUUUGUGUGAAUGUGUAGAUGUUUGCACCGUAGUUUGUGAGCGUGUGUGUGUGUGUGUGUGUGUGUGUGUGCAUUGAACGUCUGUCUGUGUGAAUGAGCGACUGUCUGAACGCGCAUGAGGGGGCGGAAACAGCUUUUGGCUUUGGUGCCUUGCUUUGACGUGAGAAAAAAAAAACCAAGAUAAAAUUCGCCACAAGUGACAGAUGGCAAUUUUUAGUGGCCCUACAAUGCUGCAGUCCAUUAGCUUACAUUGAAACUUCCUUUUCUUUUUAAGUCUGUUUAAUUGCUCGGCUUAGUCUGCCCCGAGAGUAGUAGAAUUAGACGUUCUUUGUAAAGCAUGGCCAACGAUUCAUGGAGUUAAAAAAUAAAAUAAAAUAAUAAAAAAAAAAAAAAAAAAGAGUCGAAUGUAUUUGUUGAUGGAGCAAGCAAUAUGUGUGUGUAAGUGUGUGUGUAUGCGUGUGCGCAUGGGUUUCGGGGUGUUCAGUGUCCGUGCGAGUUGUGAACAAUGACCAGUGAUUGUUCCUGUCGAUUAUGAGGUGUUGUUAAUUUGAUAUUGGUCAGUAAUUUAUUAUUAAUCAGAAAAACCCCUAACAUAUUCUGUGCAUCACUAUGUAGGAUUAAAGGGUUUGAGACCAUGACUGCGAUGUUGUUCAGAUCAUAAAAAAAUGCCUGUUGUUGAUAUUUCUGAAAGCGCCAAACGCCUUACUUCAAUGUUUAAUCUCUUAUCUAUCUGAAAACUAUGUGUUUGAAAAGUGAACCUUAGUACAAGUGACAUCGUUAUCCACACAGUCCUUCUAUGGGGUUUUACGUUUCUCAAUGUCAUGAAAGUGUUGUAAGAUUUGUAUGAAUAAAUUUUUGUAAACAACAACA